AUAUAAACUAUGUAUAGAACAGUACCAUAUAUACGCUAGCGUCCGUCGUUUAUUCUCGAAAUAUAUUAGUACAGUGCCAGUGAGUGGUGUUCGGUGAUCGUUCUAUAGUUUUUUUUACUGUUAUCCUGUUAUCUAUCGAGCAACAAUUACUCAGAUAACCAUUAGCAUGAAGAUGAAGUUCACCACAUUACGUCACUAUGUCAGAAACAAAAAUCUCGACGUUCCAUGCUUCCUGAGUGACUGUAAUCUUGUCAUCGAUGGAGACAGCUUCUUCAAAGACAGCUACAGAAGCAGCUGGUGCCAGUUCAUCUUGGGACCAGACUGCGAUAAAUACGCAGACCAUAUCAUGAAAAGAUUAAAGACUUUCAUUGAUAGCAACGUCAAAUGCUCCGUCAUCUUCAGAGGCAGCUACAAACAUGACCUCGAUAAAAGGAAAGAAAUACAGCAAAAUAUCAUUGACGCACGCUUAGAGCCAAAUAUAGAUCAUGUAGAAUAUUUCACACCGGCUCUCGUGAACGCCGUUCAAAAACAAGUUCUAGAAAAGAUGAAUAUCAAAUAUUUUGUGUGCGAACAAGAUUCUCUAGGAGCCAUUGUAAGUGUUGCCAAAAAGUUUAAGUGCCCCGUUCUUACGGAUAAUUUAGAAUACAGUUUGUUCGGCGUAUCUUGCAUUCCGGCGAAUUCUGUAGAAUACAAUAACAGUGAAACGAAAUUAAAGUGCAGAAUCUAUGGGCAUGAGGAAGUUAAAGCUGCUUUCGGAGUUUAUAAUAAAAUGCCAAUUUUGUUAGCAUUGCUCAACGAAAGUGGCGACUAUCUGGACAGUCUUAUGGAAAUAAUUCAAUACGUAGGGAGUGACGUGGUGGGGCCCGUCGUUAGGUGGGUCAAGCAGCAACGGGAAGCAACCCUCUUCAGCAAAGUAGCAAACAGCAUCGACGAUGAAGACCAAAACCGAAUAUUUAAAGAAGUCUAUGAGAAGAUCCAGAUAAUAUAUUUUUAUCCUUUGCAUCUUGCUGUGAAGUACUUUCAAAGGGACAGGGCUCAUGAUCUAUUAAGAGAUGACAAGAAAUGGUUAGCUAAAGCAGUCGCUAGCGGGAAGAUAGAACUUCCUUAUGUGACCCUGAAGAAAAGUGGCUUUAUUCGCGGAUCUACGUUGAUGUUCGACUGUAAACAACCUGAUGCCUUAUUGCCAGCCAUAGACAUCAUCGCAUAUAGCCACUGCCUGCUAACCAAUUCUCAAUUAUCGAACAUUACACUCCUUCAGAGGAAUGGUAGAAAAAGUUCGGUAAAGAAAAUUGAAACUCAUUGGAAUACAGAGAUAUCCAAUAGAGCUUUGUUUACGAAGUACCGUGUUGGUAAGAAAUUGAAAACGAAUACGCCCCAGGCUUUCGACCAUUUUCUGAAGGAAGUUUUACCAGAGCAUGAUUUCAAAGACUUAUUGCAGACGGUACCUGAAAGUUGCAGGAUUUUGAUUAUAACUUUAGUCUAUUAUAUCGUGAAGAAAAAUAAGGACUUCGUGAAUGGUGCUUACUGCAUUCUUCUCUCGUACUUUAUGCUUGGCCCAGUGUCUAAAAAUAAAAACUCUUUGAAGCAAAAUAUUCUUAUUACAAAGGCUUUGCCAAGCACUAAGGAUAGCGAAAUUUUCUACAACGGAUUACAAUUUUUAUUUGACAAGGUUAAUUUAAGAUUAAAGUAUGAUAGUGCAGCUGUUCAUAGAUUCUCUGAAUUUAUACAUUGUCUACAACAUAUGAAUUAUUUAAACAAGUUAUGUGGUGAGACAAUACCUGGCACAAUCUUCCAUGAAACUUAUAAUGCAACCUUUAUCUACAAUACGUAUUUGUUUAUGAAAAAUGAAAGGUAUUUGAUGAACUUUUUAGUUAGUAAAUUCGGUGAAUCAAUUCCUGUGAAGAAGUUUAGAACUAUUGUUGAUGCUUUUGAGAAUUGUCUGUCUCUAAAUAAAAAUGUAGUUAACGGUUUAAGAAAAUGA